AAUCCUUGUAAGCUGGGCUCCAUGUCAACCAAGCAUGUGCAAUAGAAAUGCUUAUCAAAUGCUGUCCAGCAUAGAAAGUGCAUGAUGCAUUCAUCUUUCCAGCCAUCUCCCUAGCCACCCAAUUAUGUUUCAAUUCCAAACAUCCAUAUUUAAAAAAAAUACACAAAUACAUCUUGGCGAAUAAGCUCAUCCAAAAUACUUGAUAUUUAAAUCUGCUCACGUCCAUUUGUAACAAUUCAGUAAAACAAAAAAACUCCACAGAAAAAUCAUUCCACCAGAAUAUUUUAAUAGCCUCAAACUAAAACCCUUUUAGCCCUGGGGCAAAGUUUUUAAAGAUUGCCAGUUUUUUUGACUGGUGUCAUCACUAUUGCCAGCAUGUCUUAGCUGUAUAUUAAAAUGGUCUUAUAUUUUAAAGUAUUGACAUUUGCAAAACUGAGAAUUGUCUAAUGUAUUAUUUCAUAUCAUGAUCACCUUCCUCAACAUUUAAUGCAUAAAUCAAGUUUAUUGAUACAUAAAUCAAGUUGAUUGAUAUAUAUUUUAACACUCGUGGUCCUGUGUAUUAGGAAACAAAUUACAUCAAAUUAGUUUGUCUAUAAUUGAUAUUAAUGUGUCGAUUCCUUGUGAACAGCCCAUAUGACUGUACUGUUAUAAGAAAAAUUUCAAACAUACCACAUACAGGUAGUGUACACACCGGUAGUGCACACAGAGGUAGUGCACACAGAGGUAGUGCACACAGAGGUAGUGCACACAGAGGUAGUGCACACAGAGGUAGUGCACAUACAGGCACUGUACAUACAGGCACUGUACAUGCAGGUAGUGGGUUCACUAAUGUGAGGUAUUUGCAAUUGCAUCAAAUAUUAUUUUAUUUUUGUACUAUUUACCAAAGGUUAAGCAAUGCAAUAAUGUUUUUAAAAAAUAUCUCUUUACUAGAUGCAGAAAAAAGCCCUGGCUUAAAAGAGUAA